GAGAGAAGGGCAAAUAAGAAAAGGAAAGGAAGGGUUUAUAAAGCUAGACGCUAGGGUUUAUCGAGCACUACAAGACCUCUGUUAUGGCCGACGAAUCAGCUCCAGAAACCAUCGAGCAAGACAUGGAGCUCGAACCCCAAGCAGCCGAUGCAUCCGAGCCGGCGCUAGCUGAUUCGGCGCCAGCCACUUCUGAAAACAGCGGCGGCUCGAAACGCAACAGGGAGGAAGAAGAGGAGGAAGAGAAUGGAGGGAAGAAAUUGAAGGUUGACGAGAAGUCAGUCGAAGAACAACGGCUAGAGAAUUUGGAAGACAAUGAAGCAGAAACGGUGGAGUCGGCUCCGGUCAGUUUGGGUCCAAAGGUAUUUGAAUCGUCCAAGGAGAUGUUUGAUUACUUUUACAAGUUUCUGCACACGUGGCCUCCGAGCAUCAAUGUGAAUAAGUAUGAGCACAUUAUGUUACUGGAGUUGCUCAAGAAAGGUCAUUUGGAGCCAGAGAAAAAGAUAGGCAACGGGGUUCAAGCUUUCCAAGUUCGUUUCCAUCCUCAGUUUAGAAGUCGUUGCUUCUUCCUCAUAAGGGAUGAUGAAUCAGUUGAUGAUUUCAGCUUCAGAAAGUGUGUGGAUCACAUACUUCCCUUGCCAGAAAACCUGCAAACAAAACAUGAUGUCAAUAAGGCACUGAGUGGAGGUGGAAGAGGUGGCCGUGGGCAUGGGCAUGGUCGAGGCCGUGGUAGAGGAGGAAGGUGGAGACAUUGAGGCAACAGUCUAUUUUUUAUUUGCGAUGGACUUAAUUAAAUAUUAAAAAUAUUAAGUAUUGGUAGAAAGAAACAUCUUCAGAUAUUUUUUCUACAUCAACUUCUUAGCUAUACAAAAUGUGAUGUCCGUUGCUUGUUUGUUUGCUAAACUGUGUUUUGGCAUUGAAUUUAUGCUAUUUUCUGUUGCAAUUUCUUGACCUUCCUUCUUUUGUACCAUUUGAUUCAUGAUCGAACGCCAUUUAUUAUAUGGUCGA